UCGAAAGCAGUCUCACCGAGUUAACCGAAUAAUUGAUUGCUCGAAAAAAACGAGUUUCCAAUUUCUUCUAACGCAAGAACGAAACAAAUUUUUUUUCCUCAUUAAAGAUUAUUUUAUUUUAAGAACUUACAUAUACAACAGCAGAACAAACAAAUCAUUUGAAGUUGAAAUUUUUAAAUUUGUUCUCUAUCAAAAUGACCUGGCGACCGAAGAAUUUUCGAGACACUUUUCUUCCCAUUUCAACGUUGAUGGCGAUUUUCGGAUGUGGCGUUUUUGAAUUUCCCCUCGGACGACGACGAAUCGCAUUCAGUGUCGUUUAUGCGAUGGUUGUUACAUUUAUUUAUUGGGUGCUAUAUGCUUUGAAUCUUAAAUAUUCCUUCGAAAGUGACUGGUUCAACGCAGAAGAUAAAAUUGUAUAUUUCAUAACUUAUGUCAAUUUUAUGAUAAUGCUAGUCACGCAAGUACUUCGAUGCGUAUAUCAUAAAAAAUUCGAGCGAUCGAUGUUCAGAAUAAUAAAAGUGGACAACACGCUUCGCGAACUUGGGACCACGUUCGAUUAUACACAUUGUUUGAAACUGAGCAUAUUACUGGAUGUUGUCUGGGUCGUUUUGAUUUUCAUUCAAAAUGGUAUCGACACAUUAUGGUUCAUCCACAAAGUACCUCUAAGAGCGAUUAUAAUCAUCGUAUCGAUUCUUCAUCAUCCAAUAUACGUCAACAUCAUGGUUUCUCUAAAUUAUUGUCUGUUAAUGGGUCAGGUAGGAACGAGAUUCCGUAAAACGAAUGAGUUACUCGAGAAUACUUUUAAGUUCAAUGAGGCUUUAUCGGUCGUCGAUUUCCAUGGAGGCUUGCCAAAAAACAAAAUAACCGUAGCUGCGUCGACGGCUUCGUUGGAUAGAAAUAUAAAAACAGAAAAUGAAGUAACGAGCUUGAUGCAGUCUCUCAAGCACGUACAUCUCGAACUGACUCUCAUAGCGAAGGAAUUCAAUCACAUUCACAGCAUUAUUAUUCUAUUGGAAAUGGCAGCUUUCUUCGUUAUGUUUACAGGAUUAUUUUUCAUCCUCUACAUUAUGAUUAUGCGACCAACCCUCGAGAGAAAAAGUUUGCAAAUAUUUGUUCUAGUUACUAUAAUCGUUGUGUGCACUCCGUUAGUGAUUUUCAUCAACCACACGGCAGAGAGUGUAGCUGCGGAAGCGAAGAGAACGGGGACCAUCAUACAUAGCGUUUACAACGGCAACGAAGACUCCGAAUUUCGCGACGAGCUUAAACAAUUCACUCUUCAAUUACUGACUAACCCUCUGGAAUUUUCUCCACUCGGCUUUUUUACCCUCGGCUACGAUUUCCUUCGAGGAUAUUUCGGAACGGUCGUGACCUACUUGGUGAUAUUCAUUCAAUUAGGCAGCGACCCGAAAAUCAUUCGUCAAUAAUAACCGAUGACACGAAAUUAUUUUGAAUUCGGUCUUAUAGGAAUUGAAUUUCGUUAAUGAGAUUAUCACACAACUUUACUCGACGUUGGAAUCGAAUAAAUGAAAAACCAUCCAUUUUCAAAGAA